AUGUUUGCCCGCACCUUCCGCGCCGCCACGCCCACCGCUACCCGCGCUUUCAGUACCACGCCCCGCGCGUCGCUCGCGCGCAUGUCCAUCGUCGGCCGUCUCGGCGUCGCCCCCGAAGAAGUCACCGUCUCCAGCGACCGCACGCUCGUGCGCUACGUCAUCGGCACCAACUACGGCAAGGGCGAGAACCAGAAGACUUCGUGGUUCCGCGUGGCCAGCUUCGUCGAGGGAAAGCAGAAGGAUUACUUGAUGAAUGUGCCCAAGGGUUCGCUGCUCUAUGUCGAUGCGGAUGCGCGCAUGGAGAGCUACACUGAUGGUGAGGGCAACAAGAGGAGCAACUUGAGCUUGAUUGCGAGGAACUUCGAUGUCAUCUCCCGGCCGAAGAACGAGGGCGUUGACGUGAACGAGGAGGGCAUCGUUCAGGAGCACGCCUCUGGUUAA